CGAACCCCAUGGCAAUGCAUGUAUUAACUUAACACGUGCAGAUUUACGUGGGUCGCGAAUGCGAUCGAAGCUCCAUGGCAGGCGCAACUGGCGAGAGGUUAGCACACUACUUUACUCUCUACGCCGUUUGGUGUCCUGUGUAAUCGCUGCCUAGCGGUUGACCACGUCGAUUGCUGAGCUCGUUGUUGGCGUGCGCAUGUCCGUUCGAGCCUGGGCUCCGGUGGCCGUCGUCUUUGAGCCACAAGCCCGUCGUUGCAGUGACUGGCGUUGUAGCGCUUCAUCUUCCGCCCCCCCGCGUCUCUGUCCGAUCUGUGGACUCAAGCCUGUCUGCCGCCCCCCCGCGUCUCUGUCCGAUCUGUGGACUCAAGCCUGUCUGCCGCCGUCGCUGGCUUUCUGCCUUCGUCUCCACUGGAGACUCCAGCACGCUUCGCAACGUGCGAAUCGAGUGAUUUAUGAUUUGCUAAAAAAGGGUUUUAUUAAUAACCCCUCCAGACCGGAGGUUCCAGAGAGUAUUCGUCCGAUCUCGGCGCAAAUCCCCGUUUACAACCAGGAAAAUAUAUGGUGCCGCCGACGACGCGGCCACAGCUUACCCACUCGUUUCCCCAGCACGAGCAACUACACGUACUUGUACGCCCAUAUGGGAUGGCACUUUCGUUGCCUCGAUCGAGGCAAGCGCGUUGAGUAUGCCGACCCGAAAGACACCACUAACACUCCUUGGAGUGGCCAGGCCACGCGAAAAGCACCCAGCGGAUUAGAGGUGCCGCUGAAACGCGGGAAGGCAAAUGGUCACUACAACGAUCAGAAAUCGCGUGUGUAA